AUGCAUAGGAAGGCAGAGAACUUCUCUUCUUGGUAUUCAGAAGUCCUUCUCAAGGCUGAGCUGAUAGAUUACUACGACAUCAGCGGCUGCUACAUCCUCAGGCCAUGGGCGUUCUCGAUGUGGGAGGUGGUGCAGCAAGACCUGGACAAGCGGAUCAAGAGCAUGGGCGUGAAGAACUGCUACUUCCCCUUGUUCGUCUCUGAGGGAGCUCUCAAUGCCGAGAAAGAGCAUGUCGAAGGCUUCACCCCGGAGGUUGCCUGGGUGACGAGAAGCGGGUCCUCCAACCUCACGAGCCCAAUCGCGAUCCGCCCCACCAGCGAGACAGUGAUCUACCCGUACAUGAGCAAGUGGAUCCGGUCCCAUCGGGACCUCCCUCUCAAGAUCAACCAGUGGUGCAACGUCAUCCGCUGGGAGUUCAAGCACCCCACCCCUUUCCUGCGCACUCGCGAAUUCCUAUGGCAGGAGGGGCACACGGCGCACGAGAAAGAGGAAGCAGCCCGAGCAGAAGUGCUGGAGGUGCUGGACAUGUAUGCUGACGUGUACAAAGAUCUUCUCGCCGUCCCUGUGAUCAAGGGGGAGAAGACGAGGAGGGAGAAGUUCGCAGGAGCAGACUACACCAUGUCGACCGAGGCGUUCAUACCCGCGACCGGCCGAGGAAUCCAGGCCGCCACCUCCCAUGGCCUCGGGCAGAAUUUCGCCAAGAUCUUCAAGAUUGAGUUUGAGAACGAGAGCAGCCAGAAGUGUCAAGUGUGGCAGAACUGCUGGGGAUUCACAACAAGAAGCCUCGGCAUCAUGAUCAUGCUGCAUGGCGACGACCAGGGGCUGGUCAUCCCUCCCCGAGUGGCGCCAGUGCAGGUAGUGCUAAUCCCGAUCAUGCAGGAAGACUGCAAUGCGGAGCAGAUGAAGUCAGACCUGGUGAGGAUGGAGGAGGAGCUCAAGAGCAGGAGCGUGAGGACCGUCAUCGACGACUCGUCGUCUCGCACCCCUGGUUGGAAGUACAAUCACUGGGAAAUGAAGGGGGUGCCUUUGCGGCUCGAGUAUGGGCCCAAGGACAUGCAGGCAGGAUCAGUUCGUCUGGUGCGACGAGACAACAGAGCCAAGUUCGACGUGUCGGUAGAGCAGCUGGGGGAGCAGGUGGAGAAAAUACUACAGGACAUCCAACAGAGCCUGUACGAGAGCGCGCUCAGGGUCCAAGAGGAGCAAACGAGGAAAGUCACGGGAUUGGAGGAGUUCAUGGAAGCGAUCGGCAAGGGAAUGAUGGCUGUUGCUCCUUCCUGCAACCGAGAGGCUUGUGAGGAGGCUGUGGAGCAGGAAACAGACGCAAUGCUGGGGAGCUUGAAGGCGCUAUGCAUACCCUCCCAGCAAGACGAAGUGGCUGAGGGCACUAGAUGCUUUGCCUGCGAUCAACCGGCGACUUGCCAUAUCUUGUGGGGGAAAAGCUACUAA